AUGCCUCCCGCGUCUCAAGCUCUUGUCAAGGCAGGUGCUGCUCUUCUGGAAGGAGAGUCAGCCAACUACCCUCACUGCGAGGGACUUCCGCGCAAUGGCAGCCGCGUUAUUGACGAGGCACUCAUCCUCAGCAGCAGCUGCACUUGGCACGGGCAUCCAGGGCUGCAGGUGACUCUCAAGGAGCCGCUGACUUUCCAAGGCAACUUGGUCUUAAAGGGUGAGAUACAGAUCAUCGGGGAGCAGGAGAGGGAUGGACCCUGUAUGAAUGUCAGUGGGCAGAUGACGGUGAUCGCCGCCCGCGCCAGCUUCGUUGGCUGCAGAAAUAGACUGGAGGCUGGGACAAUUGGGACAUGGAUCACCCUAAACCCGAAACCCUCAAACCCUAAACCCUAA